AUGGAGUUUAAGCCGGUGAAGGGCACUGUGGAAUUCGUGGAGGAGGUGACGGAGCAGGUCGUGGUGAAGGAGCGCUGGUGGGAGUCUUUUCCCAUCCUUUCUCGGGAAUUCGUGGAGGAGGUGGAGGAGCUGGUCGAGUUAGAGCCGGUGAAGGGAGCACUGGUGGGGACACCUGGGUAUGCAACAACACCCCUUUCAUCCCCCCACUCCCUUGUUUGCCCUGCCCAACAGGAAUUCGUGGAGGAGGUGGAGGAGCUGGUGGAGUUGGAUCCGGUGAAGGGCGCGCUGGAAUUCGUGGAGGAGGUGGAGGAGCUGGUGGAGUUGGAACCUGUGAAGGGAGCGCUGGUGGGGACGGCGGGGCAGGACGGGCUGUCGGUGGAGCAGAGGAAGCGGCUGACCAUCGCAGUGGAGCUCGUAGCCAACCCCGCCAUCAUCUUCAUGGACGAACCCACCUCAGGGCUGGAUGCGAGGGCAGCGGCCAUAGUGAUGAGGGCGGUGCGCAACACAGUCAACACGGGCCGCACAGUCGUGUGCACCAUCCACCAGCCGUCCAUCGACAUCUUUGAGGCCUUUGAUGAGCUGCUGCUGAUGCAGCGGGGGGGAGAAGUCAUUUACGCGGGGUCACUGGGGGCACAGUCAUGCGACCUCAUUCGCUACUUCAAGGCCAUCCCAGGGGUGCAGCCAAUCCAGCCAGGGGCCAACCCGGCAGCGUGGAUGCUCGAGGUCACGGCCGCAGCAGCAGCAGAGAGGCUUGGCGUCGACUUUGCCCAGCUGUUCCGCCAGUCAGAGAAGUUCAGGGCCAUCGAGUCACUCAUCCAGGAAUCUAGCAUCCCACCCGAAGGCGAGCCGGACCUCUUCUUCCCAACGCAGCACCCCACCACGCCGCUCUCCCAGUUCGCGACCCAUCUGUGGAAGCGCCACCUCAUGUACUGGCGCAUGCCCGACUACAACGGCGCGCGCUUCUUCUUCUCCUUCAUCAUGGCUCUCCUCAUCGGCGGGGUCUUCUUUGGCUUCGGACACGCCCGCGACACACCGCAGCAGAUUGUGAACGUCAUGGGUGCGCUUUACACGGCUGCUCUCUUCCUCGGGUGGAGCAAUCUCACAUCAAUCCAGCCAAUGCUGGCCGUGGAAAGGAGUAUCUACUACCGGGAGCGGGGCGCCGGGAUGUAUGGAGCUAUCCCGUACGCGCUCGCGCAAGGGGUGAUCGAGUUGCCAUACCUGCUGAUUCAGGCUGUGGUGUACUCGUUAAUAACAUAUUCGAUGAUCCAGUUCGAAUGGACGCUCGGCAAGUUCCUGCUGUACCUGCUGUUCCAGUUCCUCACAUUGCUCUACUUCACGUGUUUCGGCAUGAUGACGAAUGCCAUCACGCCCGCUGAAGGGCUGGGAACGCUGCUCUCUGCCUUCAUCUACUCCUUCUGGAACCUUCUCUGCGGCUUUCUCCUGCCACAGCCAGUGAGUGCAGUGCUCGUUGCUAUCUGUUUUCGAGUGCUCGAUGACUGUAGCCAGUGA